AUGGCCACAGUCGGUUUUCUAGAUGCCAUUUUGACCGUGUUAGAGAAGGGGAUACUGAUCCAGUUCGGAAGGAAAUUCACAAAUGUGAUCGAGGAUAGUCCUACGGAUGGUGUGGAAUUCGGCUUUGCCGACGGCAGCACAGAGUCUGCUAGUAUUCUAGUCGGUGCAGACGGCAUUCAUUCCACAGUCCGGGAAUACCUAUAUCCAGAUUUACAGACUAUAUUCCUCGGUAUGGCAGGUAUAACGGCAGCUGUAUCAAGAGCUCAACUCAAGCUGCCCGAGGACUAUCAUAUCCCGGUGACAAUAAUGUCUCCCCAGGGCGCAUUCGUUAUAGCGCCGCAACAGGCCGAUGGUUCUGAGGUAUUAAUUGGUAAACAGCAGCGUGUAUCUGCCGGCAAACCAGGCUGGGACCGUGAAUUUGUUGCCGAUAAACAAGGAGCAGUCGAAUUUCUCCAGACCGGUAACGCUCACUUCCCGGAAUUUGUUCGGAAUGCUGUUUCACAAAUCGAUCCAGUCAAGGUCAAUAAAUGGCCGUUCUUCGUUGUUCCUAAACUAGACAAAUGGGCUUCGGAGACGAGACGAGUACUCAUUGUCGGCGAUGCUGCGCACGCUAUCCCUCCAUCUGCGGGACAGGGUAUCAAUCAAGCUUUUGAGGACGUCUACGUUCUCGCAUUGUUGCUUAGCAAGGCAGACAAAAUCGAGAAUUUUCAGGAUGCUCUGAGUUUCUAG